UUAGAUAUGCCAGCUCCAGCCUCAUCGUACGACCCACACUCGGUGGACACCAGGUCACUAGGCCAUGUCAAUCUUAUGGUUGAUACGUUCAUCGCCAACGCCAGCGCUGAAGACCUUCGUUCUACGGUCCGCACCCUUCUCGCCACAACUCCCCCUACUACGGCAGCCGCAUUCUGCAAGGCCGCACGUCUGCAUCUCUCCAAGGGGUCCAUCCCACGAUCGUCCGCACUCUUCACCACUCGUACUAGCAAUGGCACGGCUCUGCCGACCCCACAGCUACGUGAAACCCUGGCGCGUGCGCGCAUCCUAUACGGGGCCGGUAUGGGCUUAGCAAGCUUGUCAAUUUUUACGACGAUCGUGCAGCAGACAAUCGGUUUACGAUGGACAGCGGAAGGAGAGACGGCCGAUGUAUUGACGUUGAUGGAUGGAGAUGUGUGCCAAGCGAUGCAGAGCUGCAAGGAGGAGAUAGAGCGAGGGGCAGGUACGGAGGCGAUGGACGCUCGAGAGAAGGCGGAGGUAUUGCGCGGUGCAGUGAUGGAGAGCGAGCGUGACGUAGCUGGCUGGGGUGGAGAGUUUCCCUUCGAGCGCGCCCUCGCUAGCCUGGAAUGUUGGAAAAUUUGAAGAGGGAGAAGCGUAUAGACCACCUACGCUUGUACUCAUACGUUUAUGUGCCUCAGAAUCCAGCCUACCGCGGAUACUUCC